GUGUGUGCAUGCUUGAUGUGUGUGCGCGCGUUUGAGUGCGCGUGAGAGAGGGGAGGGGGAGCUCCAGGCAGUCAGACAGGACUACUACCACACUGCAGUCUUUUCUCUCCUCCGAGGAAGCUGACUGCACACGCUGCCGGCUCCCCGUCCCUGGCCGUGACCCUGGCGAGCGGCCAGGGAGCACCUGCUUGCAGAGGACAACGAGGACGAGCUGGUGGAAGAGGACAGGAGGGACACGGCCUCUGUCCUGGGAAACCUCCCCGUCGGGACCCGACCGGACCGUACCGGCACAGAGGGGCGCGGUGCACGGAGGGGAGCGGUGCUCUGAUCGUACUUGCAGAGAAAGGCAGGACUGUAGGAGAGGGACAGGGAGAGAACGGGAGAGAGAGAGAGAGAGAGAAAGCAGGACACAUGAGAAGCAAGGAGGCGGCUGUUGCACAACCUGGGGCCGGAGGAUGCGACCGCCUUCGCUACUUUGCUUCUUCUUCAUUAUAGUUUCAUUCUCUGCUCCCUUAGUCUCACUGUCAUUCCUCGCUGGCAUGGAGCGUUUUGUUGACACCCCCAUCCCCAGGUCAGACUUUGGUUUCUGGGAAGGGUGAGGAUUCAGGAGAAACGAGGACGCGGUAGGAAUCCCACCUCCUCCUCGUCUCCCCUGCAGGUUCCCCCACAGGACAGGUCUGAGGGUGGGAUCUGCUGCGAGACGUAGGGUCUUGUGGGACGACCGAGGUGGGCGCCGGGUGGACCUGAAGUGCGUGGUGCUGGGAGGCGGACCGACCUGCUCAGAGGUGGGCGGGGGCGACGUUCCCGUGGCACGACUUUUGGGUAACCUGUUCGUGGCAGGUCUCGUGAAAAGGGCCGAUCGCUGUUAAGGCUGAGCGCGGUGAGUUCGAGAGGGUCAAGUGACAUCGACCCUAAACUCGAGCACUCGGGAUGGACGGCUACUUCACGCCUCCGGCUGCCUAGAUGGGUCCCGCUAAACUCGGACUCAAGUCGGGACGCUAGACCGCAGUUCUCGGGACGUCCGAACCUCGCCGCCCGGCGGCUCCCUUCAGGUGUGCGACAGGUUUGCUGAGGGCCAUAAUAACAGUCGAGGGAUCGUUUGGCCCCCUGCGGGCCCCCUGGCCGGCCCCCCGAUGCGACGCUCCAGUACUGACGAAUCCCCCUACCGCCGCAGCCCGUCCCUGGAAAGCAAGCCGGGCUCCCCCCCGCUCCGCUACAGCAGCGAAUAUGAGUACAGCAGCCGGCCCUUCACCUUCGGGCUCCGUACGACCCCGGGGCCCCAGGCGGCUAAGGGCGGCUACGCAGCAGCCCACGGGAAGAAGUACGUGGUCUUUUACCUGGACUUAUCCUUCAUCUUCCUCCUAGAGCUGCGUCGCUGCAGGAUGGCCGAAGGUUGCCUGCGGUGCCUGCGCUACGGCAUGGUCUUCUUCAACCUGCUCUUCUGGCUGGGAGGGUGUGGGAUACUCGGGGUAGGGGUGUGGCUGUCGGUGACCCAAGGAAACUUUGCCACCCUUUCCUCCUCCAUUCCCACCCUUUCUGCCGCGAACCUCCUCAUCGCUGUGGGGACGAUCGUCAUGGUGAUCGGCUGCCUGGGGUGCGUUGGGGCAGUCAAGGAAAGCCGUCCCUUGCUACUGAGUUUCUUCAUUCUUCUUCUGCUGAUCUUCCUGCUCGAGAUUCUGUCAAUCAUCCUGUUCUUUGUCUAUCAAAAGCAGAUCGACCAGUACGCCCAGUCAGAUCUGAAAAGGGGACUUCAGCUGUUUGGCACGGAGGGGAACGUGGGUCUCACCAACGCCUGGAGUAUUGUCCAAACUGACUUCCGGUGCUGUGGAGUGACCAAUCACACGGACUGGUUCGACGUGUACAACGCGACCCGGGUGCCGGACUCCUGCUGCCUGGAGUACAGUGAGAACUGCGGCCUGGAGAACCCAGGGACCUGGUGGACUGCGCCCUGCUAUGAGCGCGUUAAAGGCUGGCUGCAGGAAAACCUGGUGGUUCUGUGGAUCUUCGCUCUGUGCGCCGCCCUCACUCAGAUCCUGGGCCUUGUAUUCUCCAUGACAAUGUUCUGCCAGGCAGAGAAAGCGAGCACCUUCUACGCCUAGGUCUCCCAGGCCACCACUGCUCCGGGGACAGAGAGCAUGCUGGGAUACGGGGAGACCCAGAAGGCUGAAGUUCAUGAGUGUGCCACUCCCAUGGGAAGAACCCCUUGUGCUCAUCUCUUGCUUGAUGUCUUAUGUGCUCUGUGUCAGGUGUCUCCACCGCAGCAGCACACACAACCCUUUGCUCCUGCUGUCCAGGACUAAAGAACCAGCUAGAAACAUUACUGACCCUCUUACCGUGGGAUCGCUGGAAGAAACAUGUACGCCGAGUGACCGCUUUACGAAGUGCACCUUCACUUUCACGCGGUGACAGCAUCAGACAGAGGAAGGGCAGGUGGAGUUAUCAAAGCACUCCUCGCGGGAACGUGAGGCUUUAGGACGAGCAGCUUCGGAACGGUGGCUAAGCUGAGAUUUUCACGCACCAAAGACACAGGAACACAAUAAUGGUCAUACAUUGUCGGGGAUGGGAUGUAACAGCCGCUCCUGUCUCUCUAAAGUACAUUCAUGGUGAACCAACACACAUGUGUUACAAUGGAGGACUGAGAAUACACUGCCUGGUCCGAACAAUCCCGGUUCCUGCUGUUUCACGCUGCUGGGAGGAUCAAGAGAUGAUGAGAACCAUGCCAGGUGCCGGUAACGGAGGGUUACGACAGUGCAGUGUGUGAGGUGUGUUUUUGCAGCGCGCAUCGAGUCCCUUGGUAGAACAAACCCGCAUUUCAAAUUGUACAGGAUGCGUGAUCACCACGGCCGAUCUGACGGCGGCCGACCCGUUAGCAGGUCUCGACCGAACCCGACUGCGAGACGGCAUUCAAUGAGCGGUACGGAGUCAUCCGGAGAUGAGCCGCUUUGCGAUGCCCGAGACGAUGGAUUUGACAUUGGUCUGCAUCCCUCCGGUGCUCUUCGCCGCCUGGUUGAGUCCACGUCUUGAAUGUAUGAACGUCAAGAAGCGUUCCCUUUUAGGAAGGUGCACUUUGUAAAGCUGUCACUCACUGAAGAUACUGUGAUAUGUUUCAAUGAGAUUCAGCGAGGAUGUUUCUUCUUGCGUGUGAUACACUCGGUUCUUAAAUUUAAUUCCAGGCCUAUCCUUGGGGAUCCCCGUCUCUUGGUUUAUAUUUCCACGCACACAACCAGUUAACCAAACCCCAAGCUCUGGACUGCUUUGUCCUCAUCUUUAUGGGCAACACGGGAAAUAUUACCACGCAUCAGAUUUUCGAGAAAAGCGUUUGCCUCGUGUUCCAGCAGAGCUGUCAAUUAGCUGAACCACUUGAAUAUUUAGUCUAGUAGAUUAUGUAACAUUUACAUUAAAACGCUAAAAACAUCAAACAAGUUCGCUGGUUUAACUGAACGUUAAUAAUCUGCACUUAUUGGAAAUAUUAAUUAUGUUUGUCAGCAACCAUCACUGUGUUCCAUCGCCAUCUUCCGGAAAAGAGCUGAUCGCACGUCUUUUUUUUCCCCGACUUCUCAAAAGGAUUACAGCGGUACGCUGAUCUGGCAGUGCUGACACAUGGCUCUGUGUGGGUUCUAUGUUGGGAUGUCUGAACGCAAUGAAAGAAAGGGACUGCAAUGUACACCCGUGUCGCCCUCCUCUCUAGGCUACUCUACAAAUCGCAUAUCAAACCGAAAAGAAGAAGAAUCCAGGGCUUUGAGUAAAAUCCUCACUGCUAAUAACACAACGCUACAAAAGUUGUCAAAGUUCUUAGUCAUGUCGAUUUUUACAUCGAUUAUGAGUAGUUAAAAGUUUACUGAUUAAAAAAUACCACUGAUUCUUGCAGGGUGUCAAUUUUAGUUCGGUACUUUUCAGCCAUUGGAAGGUUCCAGAAGGCACGGGAACAUUCUAGACAGCAUCAGAUCACAAAUGGUACUGGAAUAUUCAGUGCUGGGAACUCAGAGCCAAAAUUCGCCAAAAUUUGCUAUUUUCAAGAAUGUGGAAUAUUUUUUGUAAAAAUCUAUGGCAAAAGUAUGUUUAAUGUAACAUAACUGAAAAUGCGAAAAAAAAUUGACAAUGAAAUUUCCGUUACAUUGUGUAACCGAUUUCUAAGGACAAAUGUACUUUGCGCAUGGGGAGUCGCACUUAAUAUUGUGCAAAACGUUUACAAAGCACUUCGAUUAGUGUCUAAUUUAAUUUUACUUAGUGCACCUGGAGAGACGACUAAGGAACCAGAUAAUAGCUUCCAUAAAACAAACUGACUGACCCUGCAGCCCCCAUUAUUUGGAGCUGCGCGCCCUGCUUUAGAAGGCAAGGAUGACGAGGUAAAGCCCUUGAACCUCGGUUAUCCUUCACUGCAUUCCCGAGACAGUAUGUAGAAGUGCCUUCAAUACCGGUAUAUGGCGCAUUUUCAUAGUGCAGUAAACAGGGUUAUCCUUUACCGCAUCGUUUUGCAUCCGUGGGCUUCGUGCAGGACCCACCAUCCAGCAUCCUGUCGACGUUCCCAUUUUUCCCACCACCUCUGCACACAUUUCCUUCUUUCUGUCGCUUCACCUGUUCAUCUCAUGAAAACAUGCCGUUUAAAUUGAUGUCAUUCGUAUUGUUUAAAAAAAUAUUAAACCUCCAACAAUGCAUUUACUGCCAGUGAAUGAUGUUAACAGGAGGUUUGUGCUCCUGCAGUUUCUCCAGCAAAGGCUGGUCCAUACCCAGGCGCACACUAAUGGCUCUGUUCAUGCACAAUUCAUAGGAGUUCCUGCAGCUGACAGCUUCUCAGAUGGAUUUUAACACUGGGACACACUGGGAGCUUUAUUUCCAAGCCCUGCUUCAAUUACUGUCAUUAUUACACAAGAGAUGCAUAAAUAAAUGAUACGCAAUGGUGUAACAUUGUUUGCCCUGGGUUUCAUGCAUCACUGGGGUGGCAAUCUGGUUCAGGGACCCCCUGCUGCAGGAACAAGUCAGAGCAACCGAUGUAGACCACACUGAGCACUCGAGGCACAAGGGAGCGGAACUGAAAUAAGAACACAGCCUUUCCAUCCACUUAUUAUUACAAUUAUGUUUUUUGUCUAAUACCAGGCUAUAAACUGUGGACAGGAGCUGAAUUCUGGAAGUUAUUUCUACUGUUCCCUCCUCUCGGUGCUCUUUGCUCCUCAGUGUAAAGGUGGAGGCCUAUAAAACAUC